UCUUCACCAGCAGACCGAUACCACAUGGUUUGUCUAUGAUUCAAUUGUAACUUUUCGUUCCUCUCAAACAUGGAUUUCCGAUUCCUUGCGAGAAACGAUUCACCUUUUGUCGUUCGUGUCCUAAUGGUUCGUUCAUUGCACCGGGAUAGAAUGAUUUUUGUAAUGAAUUGCAUGAAUGUUAAUUAUUGACAAAUAUGAAAGGAAGCCGUCCACUCGCCUUUUCCAAAAUAAUUGUACUAUACAACAAGAAAUGAUAAAUUAAUUUUAAUACAUUUCAGUAGCUGAAUGCGUUGUUACUUGUAUUUCCUGCCUUGUGUGUUCAUUGUUUUGACAGACCAUCGCCAGCAGAUGUUUUGAAAACAUGACUUCAUUGUUCAUCAACACAUGUUGGCACAUUACCGCCGUUUGUACAGUGCUAAAUGUGGGGUUGAUACAUCUACUCCAGCUUAUUUCAAGCCUCGUUACAAGCCGAGACCACGCCCUUCUCUGCCAGUUGCAGAUAUGGCUUCUCACCCUCAGCUUACAAAUAAAGAUAUGAAAUUCCUCAAAAAUCUUGCCGGUGAAGUUAGAACUUGGUGGAAUCGAGGUACUCCUAGGCAUUCUGCUGUGAGUUGUGGAGAAAAGAAAUGCAUAGAUAAAGCAAAGGGAAUUUCCCAAAGUUCACCAUCAGGGCAAGGCAGAAGUUGUAAUGGUUUGUACGAACAUGAAGAGGCAGACCAUAAUGUACACAGUGUGACAGCUCUGAAUGUUAAAAAUUCACCUAAAAAGAGAAAGGAUCUUAAUUUAAAAAGAUGUGCAUUGGCAUACGGUGUCUCAUCAAAGUUGCGUGAGAUGAAUGUAUAUCAUCCUCCUCGAAGACGGCUUGGGACAGGAAUUGCAAACAAGUAUUGUGGCCAGUGUGCCUUAAAAAUUAAUAAGGGAUCCCACAUGGGUGCUAGUGGAGAUAUUGCAGCGACAAGUAAUUUGUUUGCAAAUGAAAUAAGUUCUAUAAUUGAAGAACAAAAAGAAGAACUGCUUUACUUACAUUUCAUUCAGGAUAUUACUCAAGAUAUUCUAAGUAACGAAGUUUAUUCAAAUGAUGGGGUAAUGAUGAUUUUCAAGAAACAUCUUUGUUUGAACAGAGAAAAAUUACACAGGGAUAAAAUGAUAAAAGAACUUCAGAAGCUUGGACUUAAAAUUGGCCUUCCUCAUUACAACUAUUCCGCAUUUUUUGGUUCAAAUAGUGUGUCUCUUGGUGAACAGAGUGGUGAAAAUAGUGAUUAUGAAUAUUAUGAAGAUUAUCAUUCUAAAGUAAAAAGUAGUACCUCUUUGAAUUUCAACCACAAAACAGAUUCAAUGGCUGACUUGAAUGAAAUUUUAAGCAGUUCUAUGAGUGAGCGGGGAGAAGAAAUGGAAUUAGUUAAGCAGGGUGAAAUAUGUGAGAAAAAGAAGAAAGAAAGUAAAGUGCUUGGAUUUUUAGAAGAAAUGGGUUUUGAUUCAAAUAUAGCUGAAGAAAUUUGUGUGUGUAUGACUGACAAAGAUUUCUCAAAAUUUCAAUUUGCCUCAAAUGAAUCUGACACAAAUACUGGGUUUCAUGGUGAUUUUGCCAAAGCAAGAGAUGGGGAUAGUUUUGAUUGCAAAAAAGAACAUCCUUCAAAAAGUGUUACAGAAUUAUUUCAUUAUUGUGAUGCAGGUUUUGCUUUUGGGGAUGGUAGUAAAACUCAGUCAAUGAAAAAGUGUUUGGUGCAGUUAGACAAGCAACAGGAACUAUUGUUCGAGGAGCAUCAUACACAUUUACGGUCUCGAGCAGUAAAUACAAAGGAAAAACGUCUUACCAAUAUGAAAGGGAGGUACAUCCAACAUUUAAAAGAUUUGCAUACAUAUUCAGAAGUGAAGAUUGUUUAG